AUGCGAGACGGCAGACCUAAGCCUAGUGGCUCAGCAACUAGCCAGGGUAUUGAUGAUGAAGGUUCUUCAGUACCAGACGAGAGUAACGACGAAGAGUUAGCAUCUCUGAGGACUUUCUUACAUUUCCCAGAAGAAGUCGCUCUCAGACUCACCGAUACCGAGUAUCAGUUAUUUUACCAGGUCGCUCCAAUUGACUACCUGAGGCAAGUGACUUUUGAUCUUGGAGGAGAAGGUGUCCUCGGCGCGGUGACUGAACGGCAUAUGAUCAGACGAGCUCCUCCGACUCAUACCCAACAGAGCAAGAGUACUGUGCGAGCGCUGAUAAGAAGGUUUAACCAGGUAUCAGCGUGGGUGACAGAGCUGGUACUCACACAGUCUUCGCUUGAAGAACGGAAGGCGACUCUAGCCUGCAUUCUGAGAGUAGCGCUGAGCUGCUGGAACAUAGGCAACUUCAACGGAGCCAUGGAAAUCGUUGCUGGAUUGAAGUAA